AUCAGGUGCAUGUGGCUUUGAUCAUAGAAUGUGGAAAGGCAUAAAUAGAAGCUGAUCCUUAAUUAUACAGACAUAUUACUUUGCUCUACACAGAACAUCUGUACUAAAGCAAAAUUUAGCACAAGAGAAUAACCACUUAAAAAAACAAACAAAAGAAAAACACCCAACGAAAACAUGUCUAAAAUGCCUGAAAGUGAGGAAAAAAACAGAAUAGAAAUGACAGAAAAAUCCAGUGCAUCUGGUGAAAGCAGUAAAACUUCUACCAUUUGCCUGGCUUAUGUCACAUAUGAGAUACAUCAUUUCUCAAAUGUGGGAACGCAAGAAGAAACAUGCCUGCCAAAAGUCACACCAAACCCUGGCCAAAAAAAAGAAGAAAUGAGGAAUAAAUCUAAAAGAGUAGGACGCAGCUGUCUCUGUGCAGUUCCUACUGGUUCUUUGCCUAAGUUACCACAGAAGCCAGCCUGCCGUACUGGACCAAAGCCAGCCACUGUGACCGUUAAAACUAGGAUGGUGCCAGACAGGAAACGGACCCAAAAUAACCCAAACCAACAAAACUUGAGCAAUCUAUCUAAAAGACCAGGAAGCAAAUGUCCAGUUGUAAUUUCUACUGGUUUGUCGCCCACUUUAGCACGGAGGCCACUCCCUGAUAUUCCAUCAAAGGCACCCACUGUGAGUGCUAACACUAGGAAACAUAUACCAGUUAAUCUCAUGGUGCCAGACAGGAAAAGGACCCAAAAUCACCCAAACCAACAAAACCUGAGCAAUCUAUCUAAAAGACCAGGAAGCAAAUGUCCAGCUGUAAUUCCAACUGGUUUGUCGCCCAUGGUAGCACAGAGGCCACUCCCCCGUAUUCCAUCAAAGGCACCCACUGUGAGUACUAACACUAGGAAAAAUAUACCAGUUAAUCUCAUGGUGCCAGACAGGAAAAGGACCCAAAAUCACCCAAACCAACAAAACCUGAGCAAUCUAUCUAAAAGACCAGGAAGCAAAUGUCCAGCUGUAAUUCCAACUGGUUUGUCGCCCAUGGUAGCACAGAGGCCACUCCCCCGUAUUCCAUCAAAGGCAUCCACUGUGAGUACUAACACUAGGAAAAAUAUACCAGUUAAUCUCAUGGUGCCAGACAGGAAAAGGACCCAAAAUCACCCAAACCAACAAAAUUUGAGCAAUCUAUCUAAAAGACCAGGAAGCAAAUGUCCAGGUGUAAUUCCUACUGGUUUGUCACCCAUGUUAGCACAGAGGCCACUCCCCCGUAUUCCAUCAAAGGCACCCACUGUGAACGUUAACACUAGGAAAACUUUACCAGUUAAACAUCACAUGGUGCAAGGCAAGAAAGUAAGCUCACCCAGUAAAUCUCUACCCAACUCAGCCAAAGACACCGUGAACCGUGGUAAGUCUCAAAACAUGUUUACUGACAAAGAGGUUGUGCAGACUGCUGCUACUAUGAAAGAGGAGUUGUCAGUACCAGUACUGUCAGAGAGCCCCUUUCAUAUGACAAAGAAAACAUGCAGUCAGACGAUAUCGGCUCAUACAGUUCAAGACUUGCCAAUAGAAAACAACGAACUUGACAGGACAGAUGCUGCUGAACCGAUCACUGAUGGCUCUUUGUCAACAAAUAUCUGUAAGGACAAUGCAGAGGUUGUCAGUGCUGGAAGUGAACUCGAAUCCACGGAUUCUGAGAAUCACGAUGAAAAACCGAAAGGAAAAAUCGGUUUCCAAAAGUUCAAAAGAGCAGUGACAAAACAAUUUCAUAGAAAGAAAAAAGCCACUGGAAGUGAAAUGCAAUCCAUAAAAGGGAAAACACGCUUCCAAAACUUCAAGAGAGCAGUGAAAAAACAAUUUCAAAGAAAGAAAAUAGCCAGUUCAGAGGUGUCUGAUGAGGAAAGUGCCUCUCCUGAGUCAAUGUUGACUAAUGAUGAGGUUGUGCAGGGUGCUGCCUUCAUGAAAGAGCAGUUGUCAGAGAGUCCCCUUGACAUGACAAAGAAAACAUGCAGUCAGACGAUAUCGGAUCAUACAGUUCAAGACUUGCCAAUAGAAAACAACGAACUUGACAGGACAGAUGCUGCUGAACCGAUCACUGAUGGCUCUUUGUCAACAAAUAUCUGUAAGGACAAUGCAGAGGUUGUCAGUGCUGGAAGUGAACUCGAAUCCACGGAUUCUGAGAAUCACGAUGAAAAACCGAAAGGAAAAAUCGGUUUCCAAAAGUUCAAAAGAGCAGUGACAAAACAAUUUCAUAGAAAGAAAAAAGCCACUGGAAGUGAAAUGCAAUCCAUAAAAGGGAAAACACGCUUCCAAAACUUCAAGAGAGCAGUGAAAAAACAAUUUCAAAGAAAGAAAAUAGCCAGUUCAGAGGUGUCUGAUGAGGAAAGUGCCUCUCCUGAGUCAAUGUUGACUAAUGAUGAGGUUGUGCAGGGUGCUGCCUUCAUGAAAGAGCAGUUGUCAGAGAGCCCCCUUGACAUGACAAAGAAAACAUCCAGUCAGACGAUAUCGGAUCAAACAGUUCAAGACUUGCCAACAGAAAACGAUGAACCUGACAGGACAAAUGCUGGUCAACUGUUCACUGAUGGCUCUUUGUCAACAAAUGUCUGUGACGAAGAUACAACUGGUAAAUCCCUACUCAAAUCGGGCAAAGACAACAAAAAGUAUAUUGAUGAAUCACAAAACACAGUUUUCUCAGAGGUAUUUCAGAAGGUAUCAGGAGAUCUCUAUUCGCUAAAAAUGCAUAUAGACUUUUGGAAAGCCAAAUAUGCCUCUUCUGUGAAUGCUGAUGAGUUUGUUGAAAAAGAAACCCAACAAUACUUGCAAACGUUUUUUGAAAGGCGCCUGGCAGAGAGCUCUUGUGGUAUAUUAAAGAAAAAAUCUAGUCAGACAACACCCAACACCACCUCUCCAGAGGCACCUGACGAUGAAACUGCACGUCAGUCAAGUGGCUCUCCUGAGUUGACGUUGACUGAUGAUGAGACUAUGCACGCUGCUGCCACUAUGAAAGAGCAGUUGUCAGUACCAGUACUGUCAGAGAACGCCCUUGACAUGACAAAGAAAACGUCCACUCAGACAGUUCAAGACUUGCCAACAGAACAUGACGAACUUGACAACACAAAGGCUGGUCAACCAAUCACUGACAAUUCUUUGUCAACAGACAGCUGUGAGGACCACUCAGAGGAUGUCAGUGCUGGAAGUGAACUAGAAUCUAUGUCUUCUGAGAGUCAUGAUGAAAAACCGAAAGGGAAAACACCUUUCCAAAAGCUUAAGAGAGCAGUGAAAAAACUAUUUCACAAAAAGAAAAUUGCCACUAGAAGAGAAGUGCAAUCAACAGAUUCUGAGAGUCAAGAUGAAACACCAAAACGGAAAACACGUUUGCAAAAGAUGAAGAGAGCGGUGAAAAAACCAUUUCACAAAGAGAAAACCAGCUCUUCAGAGGCACCUGACGAUGAAAGUGCACGUCAAUCAAGUGCCUCUCCUGAGUCGACGUUGACUGAUGAUGAGACUACGCAGGCUGCUGCCACUGUGAAAGAGCAGUUGUCAGUACCAGUACUGUCAGAGAACGCCCUUGACAUGACAAAGAAAACAUCCACUCAGACAUUAUCAGAUCAGACAGUUCAAGACUUGCCAACAGAACAUGACGAACCUGACAACACAAAGGCUGGUCAACCAAUCACUGACAAUUCUUUGUCAACAGACAGCUGUGAGGACCACCCAGAGGAUGUCAGUGCUGGAAGUGAACUAGAAUCUAUGGCUUCUGAGAGUCAUGAUGAAAAACCGAAAGGGAAAACACCUUUCCAAAAGUUUAAGAGAGCAGUGAAAAAACUAUUUCACAAAAAGAAAACCAGCUCUCCAGAGGCACCUGACGAUGAAACUGCACGUCAAUCAAGUGGCUCUCCUGAGUCGACCUUAACUGAUGAUGAGACUACGCGGGCUGCUGCCACUAUGAAAGAACAGUUGUCAGUACCAGUACUCUCAGAGAACGCCCUUGACACGACAAAGAAAACGUCCACUCAGACAUUAUCAGAUCAGACAGUUCAAGACUUGCCAACAGAACAUGACGAACCUGACAACACAAAGGCUGGUCAACCAAUCACUGACAAUUCUUUGUCAACAGACAGCUGUGAGGACCACUCAGAGGAUGUCAGUGCUGGAAGUGAACUAGAAUCUAUGGCUUCUGAGAGUCAUGAUGAAAAACCGAAAGGGAAAACACCUUUCCAAAAGUUUAAGAGAGCAGUGAAAAAACUAUUUCACAAAAAGAAAACCAGCUCUCCAGAGGCACCUGACGAUGAAACUGCACGUCAAUCAAGUGGCUCUCCUGAGUCGACCUUAACUGAUGAUGAGACUACGCGGGCUGCUGCCACUAUGAAAGAACAGUUGUCAGUACCAGUACUCUCAGAGAACGCCCUUGACACGACAAAGAAAACGUCCACUCAGACAUUAUCAGAUCAGAGAGUUCAAGACUUGCCAACAGAACAUGACGAAUUUGACAAUACAAAGGCUGGUCAACCAAUCACUGACAAUUCUAUGUCAACAGACAGCUGUGAGGACCACUCAGAGGAUGUCAGUGCUGGAAGUGAACUGGAAUCUAUGGUUUCUGAGAGUCAUGAUGAAAAACCGAAAGGGAAAACACCUUUCCAAAAGCUCAAGAGAGCGGUGCUAAAGCGAUUUCAGAAAAAGAAAAUUGCCACUAGAAGAGAAGUGCAAUCGACAGAUUCUGAGAGUCAAGAUGAAACACCAAAACGGAAAACACGUUUGCAAAAGUUGAAGAAAGCAGUGAAAAAACUAUUUCACAAAAAGAAAUCCAGCUCUUCAGAGGCACCUGACGAUGAAAGUGCACAUAAAUCAAGUGGCUCUCCUGAGUCGACAUUAACUGAUGAUGAGACUACGCGGACUGCUGCCACUAUGAAAGAACAGUUGUCAGUACCAGUACUGUCAGAGAACGCCCUUGACAUGACAAAGAAAACAUCCACUCAGACAUUAUCGGAUCAGAUGGUUCAAGACUUGCCAACAGAACAUGACAAACCUGACAACACAAAGGCUGGUCAACCAAUCACUGACAGUUCUAUGUCAACAGAAAGCUGUGAGGACCACUCAGGGGAUGUCAGUGCUGGAAGUGAACUGGAAUCUAUGGCUUCUGAGAGUCAUGAUGAAAAACCGAAAGGGAAAACACCUUUCCAAAAGCUCAAGAGAGCGGUGCUAAAGCGAUUUCACAAAAAGAAAAUUGCCACUAGAAGAGAAGUGCAAUCGACAGAUUCUGAGAGUCAAGAUGAAACACCAAAACGGAAAACACGUUUGCAAAAGUUGAAGAGAGCGGUGAAAAAACUAUUUCACAAAAAGAAAACCAGCUCUUCAGAGGCACCUGACGAUGAAAGUGCACGUCAAUCAAGUGCCUCUCCUGAGUCGACAUUGACUGAUGAUGAGACUACGCAGGCUGCUGCCACUAUACAAGAGCAGUUGUCACAACCAGUGAUGUCAGAGAACGCCCUUGACAUGACAAAGAAAACAUCGACUCAGACAUUAUCGGAUCAGACAGUUCAAGACUUGCCAACAGAACAUGACAAACCUGACAACACAAAGGCUGGUCAACCAAUCACUGACAGUUCUAUGUCAACAGACAGCUGUGAGGACCACUCAGGGGAUGUCAGUGCUGGAAGUGAACUGGAAUCUAUGGCUUCUGAGAGUCAUGAUGAAAAACCGAAAGGGAAAACACCUUUCCAAAAGCUCAAGAGAGCAGUGAUAAAGCGAUUUCACAAAAAGAAAAUUGCCACUAGAAGAGAAGUGCAAUCGACAGAUUCUGAGAGUCAAGAUGAAACACAAAAACGGAAAACACGUUUGCAAAAGUUUCACAAAAAGAAAAUAGCCACUGCAGAUGCACCUGACGACAGACCUUUGACCUCAAAUACCUUUAAGACAGAGGCAGAAGGACUUGCUGAGGAGGCUAAAUGCAGUCUGAAUGAAGAAAUAGACAUUGAAGCUAUAAAGAGACAAUUCACGGAAGUAUGCGUUGAUGUGCUGAAGUACAUCCGUGAUUCUUCCAUAACCUUAAGCUCCCAGUCAAACUACGAUCUGCCACAUUAACAAAAUACUUUUCUCCUUACACCUUUCUAUAGCAACAUAAACAAAACACAAAGCACUCUGCUCAAAAAAUUUCGAGAACACUUAAAUCACCAAUUGGAUCCUGAUGAACAAAAUUGUAAAUUUAAAAUCUUGACUGGCAUGCAUUGUGUGUUUGUCAAGAGUUUAAUCACAUAACAACAGUCAGAUUGAACAAAAUUGGUGCUGUCAGCGUUAAUCUCGUUAAAAUGACGUUAACGCCAUAACCGCGUUAACGCGGCAAAUCUCUGCGAGCUACCACGGAUCGCCCCGUGUGUGGGGCUGCACGGCAUCAACGUGUUAACAAGUUUACCAUGCUAACGCGUUGACGUCGUGCAGCCCCACGCACGGGGCGAUGGCAUUAAUGUCAUUUUAAAGAGAUUAACACCGACAGCACUAAAUAAAAUACCCCAACCAGUCAUGGCAGAUGGCUGUCCCUCAAUGAGCCUGGUCUGCCGGAGGUUUCUUACUAUUAAAAGUGAGUUUUUCCUCCCCACUGUCGCCUAGUGCUUGCUCAGAGGGAAUCAUGUGAUUGUUGGGGUUCUCUUUAUAUUGUAGGGUAAACGCCCUACAAUAUUAAAUUGCCCUUAAG